CCGACCGACACGGGCGUUAUCAAUCGUCCGCCACCGAUGUGGCGUUUAGUCGCACAGUCGUAGGCUGGCUGGCCACAGCACCACCUGCAAGUGGAAACGCAAAGAAAUCGUGUCAAUUCGCUUUUAGCUAAUAUGUCAGCGCGUCCGAUAUUGUACUAUGCGCUUUUCAGUCCGCCCGCCAGAGCCGCAUUGCUCACGUCCAAAUAUAUCGGAUUGAAUGUGGAAUUAAAAGCUAUAAACUAUGCCGCACAGGAGCAUCACAGUGAUUGGUUCUUGAAGGUAAAUCCCCGACACACUGUACCCGUGCUGGUCGAUCAAGGUGUACCGUUGUGUGACAGCCACGCCAUCAUUACCUAUAUGGUGAACCAGUAUGGACAAAGUCAACACGAUCAUUUAUAUCCGAAAGACUUUUUAAAGCGUGCCAUUGUGGACGAACGUUUGUAUUAUGAGGACGGCGUACUGUUUCAAGUGAUUAAAGAUUUUGUGGCGCGCAUAAUGUACGGCGGCGAUAUCGAUUAUCAUCGUAAAAGUAUCGAGCUGUCGCAUAAUGCCUACAGUUUCCUUGAGGGAUUCCUGUCUCGCAGCAAUUACGUAGCCGGCGAGGAGUUGACUUUGGCGGAUAUUUCCAUUAAUACCACACUCAUUACGUUGCAUAAGUUGGUGACCAUAGAGGAGCGGCGAUAUCCGAAAAUUUGUGCGUGGAUGCAGCGCAUGCGUGGAGAACUACCGGAGUACGAAGAGAUUAAUGAGCAAGGUGCGCAACAGUUAUAUUUACGCUUUCAAAAUGCUUUGGAGGAGAAUAUGACCAAGCAUACGUAACUGAGCGUUCAGUUUUGUAGUAAUGUCCUUGUAAAUACAUAACAUACAUACAUACCUGUGGGGAGUUGA